GCUUUUAGACAGCCUAGAGGAGGUGUCUGCUGCUGAGACAUCAGUCCUCCCCAGAGUCCUCAGGGUGCCUUCCCCUCCCCCAUGCCAUGGCAGCCUUUUCAGGGAGCGAAUCUGAAGAUGGGAGGUCCAGCAGCCAAGAUGAGGAGGGUCCAAACACUGAGGGGGGGCCCGAAGAUGAUGCCAAUUCCUUGCUCCACAAAGCACUGCAUUCGAAGUCAAUGGAAAUGGUGGAUUUCCUGCUUCUGAAGUAUCGUGCAAAGGAGCCAACCACAAAGGCAGAAAUGCUGAGUAGUGUCAUCAAAGAGCACCAGGAUCACUUCCCUGAGAUCUUCAGCAACGCCGCUGAGUUCAUGCAGCUGGUCUUUGGCAUUGAUGUGAAGGAAGUGGACCGUAGUACCCACACCUAUGUCCUGGUCACUACCUUGGGGCUCACCUAUGAUGGGAUGGUGAGCGAUGGGCACAGGUUUCCCAACACUGGUCUCCUGGUCACAGUUCUGAGAGUGAUUGCUGUGGAGGAUGAUUGUGCCCCUGAGGAGAAAGUCUGGGAAGCACUGAAUAUUUUAGGGGUGCAUGAUGGGAAGGAGCAUUGGCUCUAUGGGGAGCCCAGGGAGCUCCUCACCAAAGUUUGGGUGCAGAAACAGUACCUGGUGUAUCACCAGGUGCCCAAUAGUGAUCCUGCACGCUAUGAGUUCCUGUGGGGUCGCAGGGCCCACGCUGAGACCACCACAUCGAAAGCCCUCAAGUUUGUUGUCAGUGUUAAUGACAGGGAUCCCUGUUCCCUCCCAUCCCUGCCUGAAGGGCCUGAGUGCAAUGAGGACCACUAUGCCUGAGCCAGAGUUGCAUCCAGGCAAGUUUCAGGCCCAUAUGCAUCAGCUUUUUUUUUUCUUCCUUUUUUCUGGGCAUAAAAUGAGGCCCAUUUUCCACUCUGUGUUUGAGGAAAGAGCAGACAGUAUUCUACGUAGUGAGGCCCAGGGCGAGUUGGGGGAACAAGGGCUGUAGCAUCUUUGAGUUCCUAUAAUUAUUGAGAAAUGUAUCCUUGAAUCCUUUGGGAAUUAUUUAAGGGAACUUUCCAAUGUUGUUUCUUUUCAUAGAAUGUUUCAUAGGCUUUAGCAUCUAAGUUUGUGAAUGACAUCGGGCACAUAUGUAUUUGUACUUGUCUUAUUCAAGAGUAAGAGGUUUGUUACUGUGUUACACAAAUUGGGAUAUUUCCCAUCCUAGUUUUAGAUCCCAAACUACAUAACAUGUCUUUAGAGCAGGAUUUUCUUGGAAACGUGAAAGAACACAGCAGUACAAUUGAUGGAGUCAAGAAAUAGAAAAAUAAAAGCAAAAGGUUGUUAAUUCUUGC